AUGAUGGUUCUGACCGACCUCAAAGACGUUCGGGAUGACGAUAUGCAACAAUACAAUGCUUACGAGGCUAUUCGAGACGAAGAUGACGACUCACCGACCCCUGUGUUCGACUGUUUUCUAAACAACAGAAGCGAACACAUUUUGAACACAACAAACUUUUCCGUCCGCGAGUUCAACGCAAUUUGGCAAACUUGUGCGUACGGUGGCAAGGACAUGUUGUUUAUGACGAUGGUGAUACUAAAAAAUGGUGAAGCGUGGGACUUUUUGGGGUCGCUCUUUGGAAUAAGGGGCGCGUCUUUUUGA